AUAAAGUGUGGUCAAGGUCAAAGGGAGUAUUGGCUGGAACGUAUAAAGUAACGAAUAUGAUAUUUUAGUAUUUAAAUUUAGUUAUUAUGUCUUUGAAUAUACAUAAUGUACAUAAAAAUAUAAAUAUAAACAAUAAAAUGUUUUUCUUUGUUGUUUUAUUGGGUGAUGAAAGUAGCAAUCAUUGCAGUAUUUUUUUUACAUAACCCGCUUACGCGAUUAUGAUUUUUUUUGCAUUGUUAGACACCUUCAUCGCCCGAUAAAAGAAGAAAUAAAGCAUUUUACUCGCAUUGUUCAAAUAAUUCUUGCAGAAAAUCAAACAUUUUUUUUAUGAUAUUCGUUUGGGUAUUUGAUUUCUUAUUUUUUUUUUUGUUUAUUUUGGAUAUACCUUUUUGCAUACAAAUUGUUUCUAAAAUGCAUAUGUCUUAGAGUAAUUUUACCCAACUCAAAACAUGUAUAUGCUUAUACAUGUAAUAGGUUCCUGAUUACAUGUACAUUUGAAUUAUAGUAAUGCUGGUAAUUCCUUUUGCAGAUAGAGACCUCCUGAUAUUGGCCUAUAUACUGUAUUUUACUAGUACAGCGGCAGUUAAUGAAUUAUAUUGGUACAUCUUGUUUCUCAUGCACAACCCAGAUGUGGUUGCACGCAUGCGCAAAGAAAUACAGGAAAAUGUUGGAUCGAAGAAAUCCGUGACUAUGGCCGACCAAGUCAAGCUUCCUUACUGCCGGGCCGUGAUGUAUGAAGUACUACGAAUAUCUGCCACUUUCAUCAUCACUGCUACACGUACAUUGUCAGAAGAUAUCGAAGUCAAAGGUUUCACGCUGCCAAAAGAUGCUUGGUUGAUGCCGGUAUUAGGCACCAUCAACCUGGACCCGGCUAUUUUUCCCGAGCCAGAGAAAUUUAAACCAGAGCGAUUUCUGAAUGAGAAUGGGGAACUGGCUGGUUAUGAGAAGGUGUACGCUUCAUUUUCUCUAGGUCCGAGAGAUUGUUUAGCCAAGAACCUUGGUAAAAUGGAAAUGUUUCUUUUUCUUACAACACUGGUGCAGAACUAUGAUAUUGAAAACGAGGCCGGGAAACCUCUACCCUCUCUGGAUGGAACCGCAAUUGGAUUUCGUCUUGCCAUUCCCUACGAAGUUUGUUUGAAAAAAAGAAGCUAACACAAUGGGCGAUAA